UAAAAACAAAACCAUUCGACAAUUCCUGACUAAUUUGAAUUUCGUAGUCCUGCGAUCUGAAAUUAUCGAGCUCAGAUCUCUCUGAUGUCUUGAAAUCAUUGUUCUUCGAUCUCCGUUCCAAUUGAUUCUCUCUUUACACCAUGGCCGCUCCUUUCUUUUCUACACCUUUCCAACCAUACGUUUAUCAGAGUCCACAAGAUGCUGUAACACCUUUUCAGAUUUUGGGUGGUGAAGCUCAGAUAGUUCAGAUUAUGUUGAAGCCACAGGAAAAGAUUAUUGCUAAGCCUGGUUCCAUGUGCUACAUGUCUGGGUCUGUCCAGAUGGAAAAUGUUUAUGUUCCUGAAAAUGAAGCCGGUAUGUGGCAGUGGCUUUUCGGCAAGAGUCUGAGUAGCAUAGUUCUUCUCAAUACUGGUUCAAGUGAUGGUUUUGUCGGCAUUGCGGCACCUUCCCUUGCAAGAAUUCUCCCGAUUGAUUUGGCAAUGUUUGGCGGUGAGAUUUUAUGCCAGCCAGAUGCAUUCCUUUGCUCUAUCAAUGAUGUGAAAGUCAAUAAUACAGUUGAUCAGAGGGCACGUAAUGUUGUUGCUGGUGCUGAAGGAUAUUUGAGGCAGAAGAUAUCUGGCCAAGGGCUUGCAUUCAUAGCUGCUGGUGGAUCUGUUGUACAGAAAAAUCUUGAUGUGGAUGAAGUACUUGCUGUUGAUAUGUCUUGCGUUGUUGCCAUGUCAGCAACAGUCAAUGUACAAGUUAAAUAUAAUGGUCCUGUUAGAAGGGUGGUCUUCGGGGGUGACAAUCUCGUAACAGCUGUUUUAACAGGACCGGGCAUUGUCUUCAUUCAGAGCUUGCCCUUCCAAAGGCUAUCUCAACGCAUUGCUAGGGCGGUUACAUCUCCAAACAUGAGGGAAAAUCCAAAGUUUUUCAUUCAGAUAGCCAUAUUCUUCUUUCUAGCUUAUGUUGUGAUCGUGUCAUCGUUAAUCUUGACCGAUGUAUGAUUUUUUUUUUUUUAUCUUUUUUUUUGUUUUAACACCUAUAGAGCCGAUCACAGCCUCCUCUUGUUGUUCAGUUGUUCUGUUGCAGCUUUCUAUAAUAUUAAAUAUACUUGAAUUAAAUAGAAGCACAGGGUUUUUGGUAUCAUUGGAAAUGUUUAUUGUGUUGAAAUUGUAAACACAUCUCAAGUUUUUUCAUCUUAAUGUACCAUUCAAUCAAAGCCCUGAUCGCGUGAGGCUUCUCAUUUGCUAUA